GCCCGCGCCGAGAUGUGGAAUCCCCUUCACGAAGCCGACUCGAGCUUUGCGGCUUGGCGCCGCCCGCGCUGGCUGUGCGUCGGGGCGCUGGCGCUGGCCGCCGGCCUCUUGAUCGUCGGCUUCCUAUUCGGAUGGUUUAUAAAAUCCUCCAGUGAACCUACUAAGAUUGUUCCACAGCCUAAUGUGAAGAAGGCAUUUUUGGAUGAAUUGAAAGCUGAGAACAUCAAGAGGUUCUUAUAUAAUUUUACACGGAUGCCACAUUUAGCAGGAACAGAACAGAACUUUCAGCUUGCAAAGCAAAUUGAAUCCCAGUGGAAAGAAUUUGGCCUGGAUUCUGUUGAGUUAGCCCAUUAUGAUGUCCUGUUGUCCUAUCCAAAUAAGACUCAUCCCAACUACAUCUCAAUAAUUGAUGAAGACGGAAAUGAGAUUUUUAACACAUCAUUAUUUGAACCACCUCCUCCAGGAUAUGAAAAUGUUUCAGACGUUGUGCCACCUUUUAAUGCCUUCUCCCCGCAGGGAAUGCCAGAGGGUGAUCUAGUGUAUGUUAACUAUGGCCGGAUUGAAGACUUCUUUAAACUAGAGAGGGACAUGAAAAUCAAUUGCUCUGGGAAGAUUGUGAUUGCCAGAUAUGGGAAAAUUUUCAGAGGAAAUAAGGUUAAAAAUGCCCAGCUGGCAGGGGCCAAAGGAGUCAUUCUGUACUCAGAUCCUGCUGAUUACUUUGCCCCUGGGGUGAAGUCCUAUCCAGAUGGUUGGAAUCUACCUGGUGGCGGUGUCCAGCGUGGAAAUAUCUUAAAUCUUAAUGGAGCAGGGGACCCUCUCACACCUGGUUACCCAGCAAAUGAAUAUGCUUAUAGACGUGGAAUCACCGAGGCUGUUGGUCUUCCAAGUAUUCCCGUUCAUCCAGUUGGAUACUACGAUGCACAGAAGUUCCUGGAGAAAAUGGGUGGAUCAGCACCGCCAGACAGCAGCUGGAAAGGAAGUCUCCAAGUGCCCUACAAUGUUGGCCCUGGCUUUAUUGGAAACUUUUCUACGCAAAAAGUCAAGAUGCACAUCCAUUCUAACAAUAAAGUAACCAGAAUAUACAAUGUGAUCGGAACUCUCAGAGGAGCAGUGGAACCAGACAGAUAUGUCAUUCUUGGAGGUCACCGUGACUCAUGGGUGUUUGGAGGCAUCGACCCUCAGAGUGGAGCAGCUGUUGUUCAUGAAAUUGUGAGGAGUUUUGGGACACUGAAAAAAGAAGGAUGGAGACCUAGAAGAACAAUUUUGUUUGCAAGCUGGGAUGCAGAAGAAUUUGGUCUUCUUGGCUCUACUGAGUGGGCAGAGGAGAAUUCCAGACUCCUUCAAGAGCGUGGUGUGGCCUAUAUUAAUGCUGAUUCUUCUAUAGAAGGAAACUAUACUCUACGAGUUGAUUGCUCCCCACUGAUGUACAGCUUGGUAUACAGCCUAACAAAGGAGCUCCAAAGCCCUGAUGAAGGCUUUGAAGGCAAAUCUCUUUAUGAGAGCUGGAAUGAAAAAAGUCCUUCCCCUGAGUUCAGUGGCAUGCCCAGGAUUAGCAAGUUGGGAUCUGGUAAUGAUUUUGAGGUGUUCUUCCAAAGACUUGGAAUUGCUUCAGGCAGAGCACGGUACACUAAAAACUGGGCAACAAACAAAUUCAGGAGCUAUCCGCUGUAUCACAGUGUCUAUGAAACUUAUGAACUGGUGGAGAAGUUCUAUGAUCCAACUUUUAAGUAUCACCUCACUGUGGCCCAGGUUCGAGGAGGGAUGGUGUUUGAACUGGCCGAUUCCACAGUGCUCCCAUUUGACUGUGGAGAUUAUGCUACAGUUUUAAGAAAGUAUGCUGACAAAAUCUACAAUAUUUCAAUGAAACAUCCUCAAGAAAUGAAAAUGUACAGUGUGUCAUUUGAUUCACUUUUUUCUGCUGUGAAGAAUUUUACAGAAAUUGCUUCUAAGUUCAGUGAGAGACUCCAAGGCUUGGACAAAAACAACCCAAUAUUAUUGAGAAUUAUGAAUGAUCAAUUGAUGUUUUUGGAACGAGCAUUUAUUGAUCCUUUAGGAUUACCAGACAGGCCUUUCUAUAGGCAUGUCAUCUACGCUCCAAGCAGCCACAACAAGUAUGCAGGGGAGUCGUUUCCAGGAAUUUAUGAUGCUCUGUUUGACAUCGAAAACAAAGAUGAUCCUUCCAAGGCCUGGGGAGAAGUGAAGAGACAGAUUGCUAUUGCAGCCUUUACAGUGCGGGCUGCAGCAGGGACCCUGAGAGAAGUAGCCUAG